CAUUUUGACAUUUCUAAAGAGUUUGGUUAAUUUAUAUUAUUGUGUUUUGUGUUAAUUUACAUUUUAUUUAUUAUUGUAACAGUUAUGUGCACUCUAGAAAAUCCUGCAGUCAUAAACAUAUCAAUUUCCGAUUAUAUUUUAACUCCGGCCUCUUGUGCUUCCUUAGUAAACGAGGUUAUGAAGAACCUUCUGUAUCAAAGGGCCCAAAUCCCUUAUCCCUACGCUUGGCUCAAGAACAUCGUCAAGAAGAAACGCAAAAGUCUUGAAGAAGGAGAAGAAGAAAAUAAGAACAAUUUUACACUUAGUAAACAUUACCAGACUGUUUCAACAGCGUAUGAUGCUGUUGAAAAUAUCACCUCAAACAUAGUCAAGUGUUUUACUGGUUUGGGGGAUAAUUUGAAGGAAGUAAUUUUUGUAAUCGGUGUGACACCUGUAUGCCCUAAAGAGGUAUUCACAGUAAAAGCAUCAUCGCUUGCUUUAGGCCACGUUGAGGGAAAUCAUGUGAUGGAAAAUAGUAGAAGACAGUCAAGGAUAUUGAGGAGUAUAUUUUUGGAAGAGGUAUGGAUGAAUUUAGUGGAGAAUUCUUUACCUUGUUGUAACACAUACAUUUUUUUAAGAAUUGAAGGAUCUGAAAAGAAUCUAAGUAAUGUGUGUAAUGAUAGCAUAUUUAUACCAUCGAAACCUUUGUUAGUUUCAAAUAAGAUAAAACAAACUGUUAUUAACUUUAAUUAUGUAAAUUCUCAAGUAUUUUCAUGCUGUGAUAAAAUGGAAGUUUUUAAAGACACUUGUGAUGUAGAAAAUUCAGAAAAAUGUGAGCGUAAUUUUAAUUUUAAUCAGAAAGAAAAAAGUACAGAGAAUAAGGAAAUGUGGCUACAGUCAACGAUUCUAGUUCGUGGUUUUAAAGACUGUUUUAUAAAUAAAGUAUCAGCUUCAGAGUUAUGGUAAAUUAUUAUUAGGUAAAGUAAGAAAUGGACAAUUUUUUUAUGCAAUGUAUUUUUAAAUAAAGCAAAUAUACCUAUG